CCUUUGAAGAGAACAAUGACAUCCAUCCCUGGAUCUGAUAAUCUUAUAUGGAGUGACGAGCAAACACGGUUCUUUCUUCAACUAAGACUUGAUGAGAAUCUGAAAGGAAACGUGAGAAAACAGAUGGUUAAUGAGGCUGGGAGACAGGCGAUAAUGGAUAAGUUCUGUGAGGCAUUUGGUAUAAAAAUUCCAUGGAGAAAAUUUGGGAUAAAGUACAACACUUGUAAGAAGCAGUACGACUCUUUUAAGAAGCUGACUCGGAACAGAACGGGACUGGGUUUUACUUCUACUGGAUUUAUCAACAUGAGUGAUGACUGGUGGAAUGAGCGAUGUAAGGAGUGGCCUGGUGCUAGAAAAUUUAAAGACAAGCCGAUAGCAAACAUGGAUUUGAUGGAGAAGGUAUUUGGAACAGUUUAUAUUAGUGGAGGUGAAGGUUGGUCUGCUCAGCAAGGUGAAGAGGCUUUAGACACAAAGCAUGGAGAUGAUGAAGAUGAAGAUGAUGCUGAGUCAAGGCGUGAUGUCCCUACUCAGGAAGCUGUUGGAGAUGAAUCAAGGCGUGGUGUCCCUACUCAAGAAACUGAUGUUGCAUCUGAAUCAAGAAAUGCUGGAUCAAAGAAUGUUGGCCCUUCUUCUUCCAGGUCAAAGGUUAACAGGAAAAGAUCAAGGGUUGUACAAGCAGGACAAGCUGUGGCUGAUGUAAUCAGGGAGAGUGUUGAGUCUCGAGACAAGAUUCUUUCCCACAAGAAUCAUCUAAUAGAGAACCAUCUUGAGUUUAGUUGUAGUCAACUUCGAGCUAUGGAGGUUCUACACUCCUUGCCUGCUAUAAGAAUGUGGUCUCCUCUUUACAAAGCCUCAAUUAACCAUCUCAAAGAAGAUGCUGCAAAUCGUCAAACUUUCUUGUUCUAUGGAGAUAAUGAGAACAGGGUUCUCUAUUUGGAGUAUGCAACUGGUGAAAGCAGAGAGGCAUGA